AAAAGAAAGCGAGUCUCGAGCGACUCGCCGCCACGGAAGGACAGCAGUCUUGUGGAGGAGAAUCGCGCUUAUCGCUCGCGCCUCACCUUCCCUCAACCUUAUUAUCUCUGUGCAGCCGAGGUCGAUUUCAAAAGUUCAUUAGGAAGGCCAUCGCCAAGUGCUCGCCGACGAAGAAUGCGCGUUGUCGUGGCUUGGCUACUGGGUGCGGGAAAUUGAGAGUGCGAGGCCUCGAUGAGGUAUGGGAAAUGAGCGACUCGGGGAGGCAUGUGCGUGCACGGGGCCCUCGCGGAGGACAACGCUAGGUUCAUACUCCUGGCCUUCGUACUCGCGGCUUAUAUGCUUGCCGGGGCUGUCCUCUUUCAGAGGCUCGAGUCCGAUGUCGAGAUACGACAGGCCGCGGAGUUCUGGAAGGUCUACCAGGCGUUCCGCCGGCAUCAUCUUCGUGGCAGUUCACAGGCGCUUCAGCGUCUCCAUGAGCUAUUGUAUGCCUACGGCAAUGCCUCCGCUAUCGGGAUAAUCAACAAACGCAGGCGCUGGGACUUCCCGGGGAGCUUUCAUUUCGUCGGCACCAUCGUGUCGACCAUCGGAUAUGGGAGUACGGCGCCCCAAACCUCAGCUGGGAAAGCGGCUGUCGUUCUUUAUGGAUUUUUCGGAUGCUCUGGUGGAAUUCUAUUCUUCAAUCUGUUUUUGGAGCGAAUCAUAACGUUCCUCGCGUGGAUCUUGCGCAGUUUGCAUUUAAGGCGCUUGAAGAAGCGUUUGAAGCAAACAACUUUGGCGAGCUCGCGAAGGCUUUCGCGUACAUCCAAGUCCAAGGAUGGUAAAACGACAUUGCCAGAUAUUCUUGACGACGAGGAGGAAGAGGUGGGACUGGAGCACUGGAAGCCGAGCGUCUAUUGGGUGAUGCUCUAUCUCUCGUUGACGUCCUGCGCGGUCGCUUGCACGGCCGCUGCCCUCUACGCGCCCCUUGAAGGCUGGAACUACCUGGAGGCGCUUUACUUUUGCUUCGUGAGCUUCGCGACCAUCGGCUUCGGCGACUACGUCAGCACGCAACGACCGAACUACCCCUACGUCCACCUGUAUAGAUUUGUAAACUUUAUGUUUUUGGUGAUCGGAUGCUGUUGUAUUUACUCGCUUUUAAACGUUACGUCAAUAGUUAUAAAGCAAGGAUUGAAUUACGUGAUUCGCAAGCUUAAUUGUCAAAGUCAUUCUAUGGCUGCACCACAUUUGCCAAGGAGAAGGUCCUCGGUGUCGGCGAUCUACUACACUCGGCGUAGGCCAACAAAGCACAUGCCGCGGGAUUCGGUAAAGCCCGAGAUUGACGGGGAGAUCGACACGUCGCGGCGCAUGUCGGGCGAGCUCAUCUCCAUGAAGGAAUUUCUCUCGGCGAAUAAGGUCUCGCUCGCCCUCAUGCAGAAGCAACUUUACGAGACGGCCCACAUGCAACACAUGCCAUUGCCGCUGCCGAUGCCGAGCCUCCACCACCACCACCACCACCACCAUCACCAUCACCAGCCACAGACGCGAGCUUUCAAUGCGGGACCCGCAGCGGUCGGCCCACUUGCCAUCGCCACGGAGAAGCUCGAGGGCGGCAACACCCACGGGACUAUUAACCGCAGAUAAGACGGGGAGCGCGCGC